GGGAAAGCAACUCUCAUCGCGAAGCUGUUUGACGAGUUCCCUGAGCGCAUGGCGAUCCCUGUCAGUCACACCUCAAGGGCUCCGCAGGAGGAGGAGAAGGACGGUGUUCAGUUCUGGCUGUCAGACCGUGAGCGAAUGGAGAGGCAAGCGAAAGACGGCUUCUUCCUGGAGAUCGUGGAGGUCGACGGGGAUCUCUACGGCACUUCUGUCGAUGCUGUCAACAUGAUCAGGAAUGCUGGGAAAGUUGCUGUCAUCCACCUGGACCUUGCAGGAGUCCAGCAGCUCAAGUCUUCAGGCUACAAGUGUAAGAUAGUGUGGAUAACCCCACCCUCCCUCCAAGUGCUCUCCGAUCGGCUGAAGGCUUCAGGGGUGGAGGAGACGGAAAUU